AUGUCGACGUCCACCCCGGACAAGAGCGAGAUCCUCCGUAAACGCGAGGAGGUCGUCCGCUACCGCGAAGAAGGGGUGGAAUGCCGCGAGAGGGCGUGCGACGAGCGCGAAGCGCAGAUGGACGUUCUCGCGAAAUUAGGGGAGCUCGUGCCCGAGGACGCCUCGAGAGACGACCACGACCUGCGCGAGCGCGAGGCGAAGCUCGACGCGAGAGAGAAGAAGAUCGCGGAGCGCGAGAAGACGCAGGCGAAGCGCGAGAAACACGCCGCGGAGGAGCUCAAGGAGAGACACGCGGAGGAGCUCGAGAAGCUGAGAGAGCGCGAAUCGGCGCUGAAAGAGAGGGAGCGCGCCGCGGAGGAGCGCGCGAAAAAGGCCGCCGCGGACCUCAAGGCGACCGUCGGCGCGGAGCUUCGGAAGACGGAGAAGGAGCGAGAGAAGGCGAGAAGCGCGAUCAAGGAGCACGAGAUCGCCGCGAAGCUCUUGCUCCGCGCGCACGCGGAGCGCGACGGCGCGCUGCGAGCGCGCGAGAGGGCGCUUCUGCAGAGAGAGAGAGCGUGCGGCGUGACGAAGGGAGGGCCGGAGGUCGUCGCCGGGUGGAACUGA